AUAGCUUGUUUAUCCUUUGGUGCAUUUGGGCACUUGUGACCGACCAUGGGAGACGCAGAUGCACUGACCUUACCGCUUCAAAGGACGGUGUUUGUCAUCCAGCGCGAAGCGCUCGCCCAUGACGAAGCCAUCCGCCUUCGAGUGACGCAGGCCGGGUUUCGCAUUGUCGACCAGACCCUUGUCAACUUGACAGCGGACCGUGCUGCUACGUACUACUACGACAAGCUCCUCAAACCGGAGGACGCGGCGAAGAAGACGGGCGGACGGACUGCGCGCGGCGCACCCACAGGCCGCGGUGGUACAGCUGCCUCUACGUCUGCCAGGAAAGACGGUGGUCCUCCAUCGUCGCCGCCAUCGCCUCGAGACAAGACACCGCGGCCAUCGGACGACCCAUCUCCACGAGUAGGCACGGCGUCGCCAGGAAAGACACCCCGGGACGUGGGCGAGACUGCGGACGACGCGAUUGCAGCGUUGAGCAGCGGUCCCAUCGUCGUUCUUCUCUUGGAAAAGCAGAAUGCCGUCAAGGCCAUGCUGGAUCUCGUGGGGCCGCAGAAUCCGGCGCAGUGGGCAUCCAAUCCAACCUGCCUUCGCGCGACGUUUGCACAGGACGGCAAGCACGUUGGUGUGCGGAGCAGCCGCUUUCCUUACAACGUGUCCGACGAGGUCGCAUUCUUGUUUGCGCAUUCGGGGGCGAACGCGGGCAAGCAAGCCGACGGCGACCUUGCCGCGGACGACGCAGGGAAAGCCAUGGUGCAUCUCGACGCGCUCAUGAGCUUUUUGUUCCCACCCAACAUCCAACACCCCAACUCAACGGGCCGCCUCUUUGUCUUUUCGCUGUACGGGCCACUCGAUGCCAAGUCCCGCCUCCGGAGCGGCGAGAAGGGCCUCCACGUGGUGACGGACAUCGAACUCAACACGAUGUGCGCUUCGAUCGAGCGCGAGGACAUUUUGUCCGUGUACGGCAUGAUCGGGCUGUCGCAGGAUGAGGAAGAGCAAGUGUUGCGGCAGGCCGACAAGUAUAUGAAGCACCUACCGCGGCAUACGCGGUCGGACAUUGAAGAGCUGUUCCGGCUCGUCCCGCGUUCGAAUGACGGCGCGAUGUCGUUCCAUGCGAUGCAAACGCGCAUCAUGGAAGAGCGCAUCCGCCGCGUCCUGUGCAUGAAGGAUAAGCUCAAUACGGCGCUGGCGCCGCCGAUCGUGUCCAAGUACCGCAAGAGUCUGUCGAGGUGCGACCCGAUGGACAUUUCAAUCGUGUGAAGCAACGCGGGGUGAACACCGUAGCACGGCGCCCAAGACCAAGUACGACGUCGCGCCGCCCAGCAUGUUUGUCAAAGACAUGGGACUGAAUGGAACGGAGAACGCCGUCGUGAUGGCCAAACUCCUCAACAACCACGCGUUUCAAAUCUGCCACCUCUCGGACGGCAACUCGCCCGAACUCACGCAGAACGUGCGGCUCCUCCGCGACGACAUCCAGUCGCCCGUGACUCGGCUUCCAUGGAACACCAACCACACCUCCAUCAAGCACUAAACACGACUUGUUGGCUCGACCCGUGCUGCUUGCACCGUUGGAAUGACGCAUCACGAGUGUGGGGUGUCGUCGACGGGACGAGACACCGCCGCCAUCUGCGCAAGCAAGUCGCAUUCGCACCGCGGAAUUGCUUCUAGCCUAAAUCGCAGGGAGAGAUCCGUAUUUGAAUCAAGGGAGUGGUCGUUUGACAGACAA